AUGCCAACACCGACGACAGUGAAAUUGUUAGUGGACGAGACGAACGAAGACGGGAAGAGGAGUUCACCCGUUGAACAUGUGUGGAGCGAUCCCCGUCUUCCACACAAUCGUCGCCGUGCUUCGGGAUGUGCGGCUUUUUGUGCGAUCGCUUGUGUGAUGUUCAUUUUGGGAGCGACGAUUGGGGCCGCUGUUUACACCUAUCUAACACCGGGUGCUUUUCGAGAAUUGCUAAAUUGGACAACAUCAAGCGGAAAUGGAGAUGAAAUGUUGAGUGAUGAUUUCGAGGAGUUGAUAGAGCAACAUUGUCCAGAUUUUCCUUGGGAUGAGCUUCGAUUACCGAAUGAUAUCCGACCCGAUCACUACAACAUUUCAAUCCAUCCCGACAUUGAUGCGGGCCGUUUAAGUGGACAAGUGGCCAUCGAUUUGAGGGUUGAGAACGAGACGUCGGUCAUUGUUUUGCACGCACAUCGCCUCAAUCUCUCCUCUUUUUACAUUAAUGUAAACAAUCGAAAAGUGAAUGCGGAACAUUCUGAGUGCGAUGUUCUACAGCAAUGGGCAUUCACGCUUGACAAGCCGGUUGAAGAGAAUGAUGAGAUCGUUCUGGGCAUCGAAUAUGACGGAUUGAUGUUGGCUGAUAUGCACGGUCUCUACAUCAGCACGCAUCACUCAAAUAAUGGAAAGAUUUGGAAAUCCGUGGCUUCUCAGUUUGAGCCGAAUCAUGCGCGCAAGGCUUUCCCGUGCUUCGACGAGCCCAAUCUGAAAGCGACAUUCCAGGUAUCGGUUGUGCGUGAGCCUGAACACGUGACAAGGAGUAACACAAAUCUCCGGGUCACUCGAGAACACUCGGAAGAAGGACUCUACAUUGAUGUAUUCGAGAAAAGCGUGAAAAUGUCGACGUAUCUUUUGGCUGUGGCAGUGCUCGAUAAUUACGAUUACAACAAGCGACUUACGAAGACCACGGCUGAACCGAUUGAGGUCCGUCUCUACGCUUCCCGUGAUGUUCUCAAAGGCCAAGCCGAUUUCGGUCUUGAUGUAGCUACAAAAGCUUUAGAGUAUUUCGAAGACUAUUUCAAUAUCUCUUAUCCACUAGAUAAAGUUGAUCUCCUAGCACUUGAUGAUUUCGCCGAAGGAGCCAUGGAGAAUUGGGGUCUCAUCACGUUUAGAGACUCAAGCUUGUUGUACAACGAGAAAACGAGUGGCGAGUUGAGCAAAGAACACAUUGCACUUGUCAUUUGUCACGAGAUUGCACAUCAGUGGUUCGGGAAUUUGGUGACAAUGGAUUGGUGGAAUGACUUGUGGCUGAAUGAGGGUUUCGCCAAUUAUAUGGAGUACAAAUGCGUGGAUCAUAUCUUCCCGAAAUGGAAAAUUAUGUCCCGUUUCUACGCGGAGAACGCCGGAUCAGCGAUGGAGCCGGAUGGCUUGAGCUCAUCUCGACCGAUCAACGCCGGUUUAGAGAGUAACACGACGAAUAUCAUGUCUCUUUUCGACGCAAUCUCUUAUCACAAGGCGGCCGCGAUCAUUCACAUGCUGCAGGGAUUGGCUGGGGAAUGGUACUUCCAGAAGGCUUUGAUCGAGUACCUCAACAAGUACAAAUACGACAAUGCGAAAGGAGAGGAAUUGUGGAGAAUUGUGGAAAAGCACGCUUCAUUGCCACAUGGAGUCACCGUCGAGUCUCUCGCUAAAGCAUUCACCACACAGGUUGGCUAUCCAUUGAUUCAAAUCGGUUUGGUCAAUAAUGAUGAGGAGAUUUUGGUGCACAAUCAGACACGAUUCCUCUUUGAUCGAGAUCACAAAAAGAACGAUAAAGAUGGAGAUAAAGAUGGAGAUGGAGAUGGAGAUGGAGAUAGAGAUGGAGAUAAGGAUAAAGCUAAAGCUAAAGCUGGAGAUAAAGCUGGAGAUAAAGAUGAAAGCGAAGAAGAUGAAGAGGAUGAAAAUGGAAAGGACGAUGAUGACAGUGAUGAUGAAAAAGAGAAAAAGGAAAAGAAGAAAAUGCAGAAAAAAGGAAGGGGAAGUAAUGAAGAUGAGGAUGACGAGGAUUUGGAAUGGCCGAUCCCCGUGCAUUUCAGAACUGAUGACAAAGGAGAACCACAGCUGAAAUGGUUGCGACCGGGAGAGCAAAAGGUACACUGGCGCCUUGACUCUCCCUCAAAAUGGGUGAUCGCGAACUCCGGGGGAAUCGGUUACUUCAAAGUGCUCUACGAUAAGAAAAUCUAUCGAGAGUUGAAUCGACAACUGAAUAGGGAUCAUUCGGAAAUCUCAGCAAUCGAUCGAACGAUGCUAAUCACGGACGCGUUUGAUUUCACAAAAGUCGGGCUUUUAGAUAUUGGCACGUAUAUGGAUAUGGUACAGUAUGCUGAGGAUGAGCGUGAUCGAAUGGCUUGGACGAUGAUCAGCCAACAAAUGGAAUCGAUUGAGGGAUUGAUUGAAGAAACGGAUUAUAUUCAUUUAUUUAGGGAUUUCCAACGAUCGUUGGUGGUGAAAGUUUAUGAGGAACUUGGCUGGGAUGAUGGGGAAAGUGACGAGAAGGAGGAAAGCCCAUCUCGUCGUGGUCUCCAGCAAACAGUUCUCUCAUUUGCUUGCCGUUUAAAUCACGGCGAUUGCUCGAAGAAAGCAAUUCAACGAUUCAAUCAAUGGGCUGUAUCGAAGAAACCAGUUACCCCCGAACUUCAAGGCAUCAUUUUCUCCGAAGGAAUCAAGCACGGAGAUUCAGCUCUAUGGGAAAAGGCCUAUACCGCUUUUCAAUCAGCCACCACACCAAAAGCAAAGCAAAAUCUAAUGGAGGGAAUGGCGGCGACAAAGGAUCCAAAACUUGUGAAUCGCUUACUCCGAAUGACUCUCGACUCGAAAUCGAUCAAGGCGAACACGAUUCACUGGGUGUUGAGUGCGUUGGCGAAGAACGAACUGUCGAGGACGGCGGCUUGGCGAUUUUUCCGUAUCAAUUACGACGAUUAUGAGGAGAUCCUCGGCAAGGGCAGCAAUCUCCUCUUCGCUUGUAUCCGCGGUCUCGUCGACAAGACGAGUACAAAGCACGACUUGGAAGAGCUCAAAGAGUUCUUGGAAUCGAAAAAUUUGGAAAAUAAUCGAAGCAAAUUGGAGCAACUCUUCGAGAAUAUUGAGGUCAACAUCCAAUGGAGAGAGCUCAAUGAGGAGAAAUUGGAGGAGUAUCUCCGAGAAUGGGACGAGCGUCGGCGGCGUCUCCAUCGGCGACACAAGCAAUUCGAGGGAAAAUUU